GGCAGCUGUCUGGACAGUCCUGCGGACCGCCACGGAGCGUGCGGUAAUGCAUCGGAAGGCCACGACCCUCCGCGGCAGGGCGAGACCCGGGGGCCGCUCAGGGGACGCCAUACCCACCCCGGGGAACAGUACAGGCACGUGCACCCAAGUGCAGCCGCCCCCAAGGGGUACCCUCCAAGUCCUUCAUGGUGAUGGCACUGCUGUGGGAACUGUCAUCGUGUUCCGCUGCCCCACAGGCCACCAGAUGGUGGGAUCCAGCCUCCUAACCUGUGCCUGGAAGGAGAGUUUUGCUGCAUGGUCUUCAGGGACCCCUGUGUGCAAGUCUAUGAUAGCCCAUGAGACCUUCGGCUUCAAGGUGGCCAUCAUCGCCUCCAUCGUCAGCUGUGCCAUCAUCCUGCUCAUGUCCAUGGCCUUCCUCACCUGCUGCCUUUUGAAGUGCGUGAAUAGGAAUGAGCAGCGACGCCUGGACAGGACUGCCCAGCUAUGGCUCCAGCUCAGAGGCGAAGACUUGGAGACGGUGCAGGCUGCCUACCUGGGCCUCAAGGGCCUGAGUAACAAUAACGGCAGCGACUCCAGGAGCCAGCCCGGCCAGGCGCACGACAACCACAGCUUCACCACGUGGGCACGAGCCUGGGGGCAGUGGGGCUGUGGAGAUCUUGAGGGCACCCAAGAGCUGGCUGGUGUGGCACGUGGCAUGGAAAAGGACCUCUGGACCCCCAGCAGCCCUGCCUGCUCACCUUGGGCCCAGGUGAUGGUACACACAGCGAACCCAGGGCAGACCCUGCCUGCGCCCAGGCCCACCGUGGGAAUGCCCAGACAGCCCAUGACCCAUAUCCCAAGGUGAUCGAGACCCAGGCUAGAGCUACUUUUCACGCUAGGAGGACCAGGCCGACCCCACCAGCCGGCCACCUACAUCUCAAUACAUGUCCAGAUCAAAAUUGGUCAGUGAAGUCAGCUCCCAGGUUUAGGGAUCCCUCAGGGCACCAUCUUAACUCUGGAGCCUGGGGACCCCAACGGAGAGCAUCCUGUCCCUGGGGAGCCCAGCUGUAGCAGUUUUUAUAGACAAGCUUCCUUGAAACUACCUCUGAGGUUCACAACACAGCUGCAGCCCUCCCUCCAGCCAGGCGCUUUUAAAGAGACAGGACAUUUUAAGCACAUCUAGUUUUGCAUAGCAGAGGAAGAGGGCAGCUAACCUCAGCAAUCACAGGGAUGCGUUUUCCUCCACAGGGAGGGCUGCCUGUAAACAGGGACCCAGGUGGGUGCUGCAUCCGUUAUCUGUAAAGUUGUGGUGAGGGGUGUGAAAUAAACAAUUCUAA